AGAUGAUAGAAGGCCGGCCCGGUCUGAGGUGACUGCCGCAGCGCUCGGGCCAAGUGGUUAUCGAUCGCGACCGGAUCGCUUACCCGGUUCUGCCACUAACACAUAGGUACCUAGGUACGAUAACGAUGAGCAAUAUUCUCAGCAGACUCCGGACCGGUGUCAUUGUCUCUCAAGCUCUAACUUCCUAAGUUGAAGUGGUAAGCUCGAUAACCGGGCUAGGUACCCGGUCGAUUUUCGAAACAGCUCUGGAGCGGUGUUGGACUGCAGAUAUGAAAACGUGUACUAUGUGGAUUGCCAUGCGAAAAGUGCUCUCUGCUCCGCUGUAGAAAGUAAUCAGUCGUUCUCAAUUCCUCGACAUGGUUUUGCCAACUGCCAAUCCCACCAAAUCCUAUUGGAUCGAGGCUGCGAAAUCGCCGUUGCGCAACUUCCGCUCCAGCGAGACGUUACCAGAGGAAACCGAUGUGGCAAUAAUCGGCGGUGGUUACGCCGGCGCAUCGACAGCUUACUGGAUCAACAAAUACACAGAUAAUGCUUCCAGGCAGCCUCAUGUGACUCUCCUAGAAGCUCGUGAUAUUUGCGGAGCUGCCACCGGACGCAAUGGAGGACAAUUGAGGCCGCAUGCUUAUUCCCGCUAUACGAAAUGGUCGAAACGAUUUGGCCCCCAUGGUGCCAUGGAGCUUAUCGAGCAUGAGAUGGCUCAUUUGCCGGCAUUUAGGGAUCUAACUGAGGAAGAAAACAUCGCGGAAGAGGUCUGUCUCAAGUUCGGAGAAACGUUCGAUGCUGCUAUGACCGAUGAGGCCUGGACGAGGCUCAAGGGCGCACUUGAAGCCAUGCGGAGGGAUCAUGGCGACGAUCAUGAGAUCGUCAAAGUAUGCAGAGUGAUCGAAGAUGCACGCGACGCGGAGGAGUUUACGCAGAUGAAGGGUGCUCUGGCUGCAGUGGUACAUCCUGCAGGGCAAAUAUGGCCAUACAAAUUGGUGCACGCGCUUCUGCGCAUCGUUCUGGAGAAAGGCAAUCUCAAUCUGCAAGCUCAUACCCCAGUCACUGAUGUUUCAGCGCGAGACGCCGAGGGCUGGAUCACAGUCAAGACUGAGCGCGGAACCAUUCGUGCCAAAACAGUCGUCCACACGACAAACAGAUGGGCUUCUCAUCUUCUUCCUGAGUUCAGUAAUCUUAUACUGCCUGACAGAGGGACUAUUGCCGCGAUCAAAGCGCCUCCGGGAUUCAUAAAGCAUACUGGUGCCCAGCAUUGGGACUCAGUUGUCAACAAUUAUCAUCUCCAGCUCCCUCCACCCUACAACACAAUCAUCAUUGGAGGAGCAAGGCAGCUUCUUGUCCACAAGCCAGAAGAUUGCUUUCCCAACGAUAAAGAGGAUCAGCAGAUUGCCGGAGUAGCUGCAUUCUACGAAUCUUGGGGUGCCUCAGACGUCGCAGGCCCGCCGGAUGCAGUUCCCGCGGGGCUCAGCAAGGAAGUUGACGAAGGCGGUUGCUGGACUGGAAUUCAAACCGAAUCUGCAGACGCGUUUCCAUUUGUUGGUGCGGUGCCACAGCGGCCGGGCCAUUUUAUUGCGGCCGGAUUCGCGGGACACGGUAUGCCUCGCGUGUUGGGUUCAGCUGCUCACAUCACGCCUCUUGUUCUGGAGUCGCUUGGUGUCGAAUACAGCCAGCCUCUCAUCGCCGCUUCAUUUCCUCCACUGCCUCAACCGUUCCGCACCACCGCUGAACGGAUUGAGAGACUCCAGGAUACGAACCUCAGUGCGCUCACUGAGGAGUACAAGCAGAGCUGUGAGGAGAGUGCGAAGAAGCCAUUUUGCAAUACUGCGAGAGUCAUGUCUGUGCUUACGAUUCCGCCCUCAUGGGAUGGUGGCCACCAGCAGGCCAUGGCCCAACUAUAAUGUGAAUGUGUGUAGUUUGGAAUAAGGCGAGAGUGUAAGGACAUAGCCUCGGCAAACCUCUACGGUAUACUUCGAGCUAUCUUCUUACUUCGACUUCGAAUACUUCUAUCUCCAAAGCUACUAGACUUUGCGAACAGAUAGUAUUCACUAGUUAGAACUAGUACUAUCUAGUACUAGCUUCUAACUAGCUCUUCUCUAUAUAGUUCUAGCUACGCGCUCUUCUAGCUCUGCGUCUGCUAUUCUCUCCUCUUGAAUAUAGAACCUAUUCAACCAGC